UUGAAAAGGGAUCGGACACGCACACACUGAAAUCCGACAGAGAUACUCAACUCUUUCCACCUUCUUGAACCCAGUAUUACUCUUUCUGAGAGAAUUUGUAAGGGAUAAAUAGAUAGCAGCAACUCAGGGAAAAAGAAGAAGAUAACAGUGGGUCGGGGCCUCUUCGGAAUUAGCUCUAGGCUUUUCUUUUUGUGUUCUAAAAGAAUAUAUAAUUUGGGCAUUUGGAUAGAAGGAGAGUUAGGGUUUUAUCUGAGAGGGAUGGGAGCUGAAAGAUUGGAUUGGUUGUCGUAAUUGAGGAGGAGCGGAGUAAAGAGAUGUAUGUUAUUUUGUUGUCUAAUUAGCUGAUUAUGCUAUAAAUUUUGAGCUCUACGCUUGUUGAGAAGCGUAUUGCGAGAGAGAUGGAAGGCGGAAGGAGGAUAUCGGCGAGUCCCCGGCCUUGCAGCGGAAGGCGGGUAGUGGCGAAGAAGCGAGCACGUGGUGGCGGCGUGGAUGGGUUCGUCAACAGCGUUAAGAAGCUUCAGAGACGGGAAAUCUGUUCCAAGCGUGACCGUGCUUUCAGUAUGAGCGACGCUCAGGAACGAUUCCGUAACAUCCGUUUGCAGGAGGAAUAUGAUACCCAUGAUCCAAAAGGUCAUUGUUCCAUGGUACUGUCUUUCCUGAGAAAGAGAUCAAAGAUAAUUGAGAUUGUAGCAGCACGUGACAUUGUGUUUGCUCUUGCGCAAUCUGGUGUUUGUGCAGCGUUUAGCCGAGAGACUAACCAGAGGAUAUGCUUUCUGAAUGUCAGUCCUGACGAAGUUAUAAGAAGCUUGUUUUAUAAUAAAAACAAUGACUCCCUUAUCACAGUUUCUGUAUAUGCUUCAGACAAUUUCAGUUCUUUGAAAUGCAGAAGCACAAGAAUCGAAUACAUAAGGAGAGGUAAGCCAGAUGCAGGUUUUGCUCUUUUUGAGUCCGAGUCACUGAAAUGGCCUGGUUUUGUAGAGUUUGAUGAUGUUAAUGGGAAGGUACUCACUUAUUCUGCCCAGGAUAGUAUUUACAAAGUGUUUGACCUGAAAAACUAUACAAUGUUGUACUCCAUAUCGGAUAAACAUGUCCAAGAGAUUAAGAUCAGUCCCGGAAUCAUGUUGUUGAUUUUUACAAAAGGAAGUAGUCAUGUGCCCCUUAAGAUUCUUUCAAUAGAGGAUGGAACUGUUCUCAAGUCUUUCAAACAUCUCCUUCACCGGAAUAAGAAGGUGGAUUUCAUUGAACAGUUUAAUGAAAAGCUACUAGUCAAGCAAGAAAAUGAGAACCUACAGAUUCUUGAUGUCCGCAAUUUUGAGCUGACAGAGGUUAGCAGAACAGAGUUUAUGACACCAUCAGCAUUUAUAUUUCUAUAUGAGAACCAGCUAUUCCUGACAUUUAGAAACCGAACGGUGGCUGUCUGGAAUUUCCGUGGGGAGCUUGUAACUUCAUUCGAGGAUCACCUUUUGUGGCAUCCUGACUGCAACACUAACAACAUAUAUAUCACCAGCGAUCAGGAUCUUAUUAUCUCUUACUGCAAAGCUGAUUCUGAUGAUCCGUUGUCUGAAGGAAAUGCAGGAUCCAUCAAUAUCAGCAACAUUCUGACUGGGAAAUGCCUCGCUAAAAUUAGAGCAAGUAACAGCUUCCCCAUGGAAAAUGAAUGCUGUUGCAGCGGUAAUUGUUGUAGUAGCAGUUGUCCUGUAAAGAAGCAGACUCAUGCCUCCAGAAUUACAAGCACGGUUGCAGAAGCCUUGGAAGAUAUUACUGCACUUUUUUAUGAUGAAGAGCGGAAUGAAAUCUACACUGGCAAUAGGCAUGGUCUAGUUCAUGUAUGGUCUAACUGAAAAUGAUGGGUUGUUGAAUUUUUUCCUAGUUUUCUUCAGAUUUAUUUUAGCUCUUUUCUAUGGUAGAAUUGAUUGGUCUGCCGCACCAUGAUAACUGGUACUGUACCAUUGUACGCUGUCAUACCAAUUCAUUUUUUCUUUGUUUAUCGAAUUCUGAGUCCCUUAGAUCCUUUUUCGAGUUGACAAUCUACUUGUAGAGUUGGCCUAUUGUGUUUGUGAAUAAAUCAAGAUGUACUUAAGUUGUGUUAUA